UAAAUGGCGGUGACUUUUGGGGAUCAUUUUCACAUUAGCUGUGACAAUAUAAACCAUUGUUGUUGAGGAUAAAAGUCAUCUGAGAAUCUUUGCGAUUAUUUCGUAUAAAAUAUCCCGAAUAUAGAUUUGAAAUUUAGGAUCCUUCAAGCAUACAUCAAUGGCGUCUUCUUCCACUUCAUCUAUUCACAAGAGCUUUAAAUAUGAUGUGUUUUUGAAUUUCAGAGGCGAAGACACUCGCACAAAUUUCGUUGAUCAUCUUUAUCAUGCUCUAGAGCAGAAAGGGAUUCACACUUAUAAAGAUGACGAGAGAAUUAAGAAAGGAAACAUGAUCUGUGAUGAGCUCAUCGGAUCCAUCGAAGACUCAAAACUCUAUCUCAUCAUUUUUUCCAAAAACUACGCAUCUUCAUCCUGGUGUUUAAACGAGCUUGUGAAGAUAAUGGAAUGUCACAAGAACGACGAGCACACUGCCUACCCUAUUUUCUAUGAUGUGGAACUGACGGAAGUACGCAAUCAAAGCGGGUCAGUUGAAAAAGCCUUGGCCAACCAUGAAAACUACAAGGCUGCUGGGAAAUGGAGAGACGCUCUGAGAGAAGCUGCGGAUCUGGCUGGAUGGGAGUUAAAGAGCGCUGCCUAUGGUCAUGAAGCUAAAUUUAUACAAAAAAUUGUUGAAGAGAUUUCAUUAGAGUUACGAGCCAUCAAUUUCAGCAUUGAUGAAAAAUUAGUAGGCAUGGAGACCCGAAUCAACAACAUUUUAUCAUCUUUAGGAUCUGCUUUUGAUGAUGUCUGCAUGAUUGGGAUCAAAGGAAUGGGAGGUGGUGGGAAGACAACUUUGGCCAGAGCUGUUUUUGAUCAAAUAUCCUUUCAAUUCGAAGGUGCAAGCUUUGUUGAGAAUGUGAGGGAAGUUUCAAAAGCUUCUUUGUUCGGUUUGAAGUCGUUGCAAAACCAAAUUCUUUCUGAUGUCUUCAAUGAUAGGGCCAUCUCUGUUAGUAGUGUUUAUGACGGAAAAAACAUUAUGAAGAGGAGGAUGUGUAGAAAAAAGAUUCUUCUUGUUCUAGAUGAUGUGGAUCAUAUAGAGCAGCUUGAGGCAUUAGCCGGUGAGACGAACUGGUUUAAGCCAGGAAGCAGAAUUAUCAUUACAACAAGAGAUGAGCAAGUACUUGUUGCACAUGGAGUGAAGUCGAUUCAUAAAGUCCUGUUGUUAUUGGACGACGAAGCAAUUUGCCUCUUCAGUAGGUAUGCAUUUGGGAGAGUGAUACCAAAUCCAGGGUACAAAGAGCUAUCACAACAAGUUGUGCAUUAUGCUGCUGGUCUUCCCUUGACGCUCAAAGUUUUGGGUUCGUUUCUUUGCAGUAAAAAUGAGCUUGAAUGGAUAGAUACCCUGGAAAGACUAAAAACUAUUCCGUUAAUGGGAACUCUGAAAAAAUUAGAAAUAAGCUAUAUCAGUCUAGAGGAGGAUUACAAGGAAUUAUUCCUAAAUGUUGCAUGCUUAAUGAAAGGAUGGCCGAAAACCUGUGCACUCAUAGCGCUUGAAAGCUGUGGAUUUCAUGCUAGAAAUGGCUUAAGAGUCCUCGAGCAAAAAUCUCUAGUAACUGUUGAUCCUAAUGGGCAUCUUGGCAUGCAUGACCAUAUUGAAGAACUGGGCAAGAAUAUUGUUCGUCGUUCACACCCAGAUAAGCCUAACAAACAUAGUCGAUUGUGGAUUGCACAUGAAAUUGAAGAUAUAUUAGCUAAUAAAUUGGGUACUGAAGCAACAAGAUAUAUAAAUGUCAACACAUGGCAUCUUAGUGCGGAUAUUGUGCUGAAAGGUCUUAAAAAGAUGAAGGAACUUAGAUUUCUUGAGGUGUCUGCGAUAGGUGUUAUUGAUGCAAGUAGAUGUGGUUGUUUUCAUCGAAAUUGGAAGUUUAAUAAGUUAAAUAAUUUGCGAUAUCUGAGUUGGAACCGAUGCCCUUUGUGGUCUUUACCCAAAACAUUUCAAGGAGAUAAUCUUGUUGCACUUGAGAUGACUCACAGCAUAUUUGUACAACUUUGGGAAGGGAAGAAAAGAAAGGUUCUUAACAAGCUCAGAUUCCUUGACCUUAGUUAUUCAUCAUUGAAGACACUUGAUCUUGGGCUUACUCCAAAUAUUGAGACAUUGAAUCUUAACAGAUGUUUUAGUUUGGUGGAACUUCACAUGCCUAACGGAUGUUCAAAGCUCAUAACCGUCAACCUCAGUUGGUCAAUGUUGAGGACCCUUGACCUUGGGUCGGCUCUCAAUCUCGAGCUGUUAGAUCUUACAGGAUGUGCGGAUUUGGUAGAAAUUCAAAUGCCUUUUAGAUCUCCAAAUCUGAGUUCUAUCAAACUCGCAAAUUCUAAGUUGAGGACCCUUGACAUUGGGCUGACUCCGAAUCUCAAGUAUUUUGAUCUUGAACGUUGUUAUGAUUUAGAGGAAGUCCACAUGGCUGAUAAAUGUCUAAAGCUUACAUACCUCGACGUAAGUUAUUCAAAGUUGAGGAAACUUGACCUUAGACUGACUCCAAAUCUCGAGACGUUAGAUCUUGAAAAUUGUAAUGAUAUGGAAGAACUUCACAUAGCCAAUGGAUGUUUAAAAAAGCUUGUCUACUUAAACCUGAAUCGCUGUUUGAGGUUUAAAUCUUUUAGAUUCUGCAUAGAGAGUGUUGCUUCUCUUAACAAGGAUGAUUCUUCUUGUUGUGAGGAUAAAUCACUUGAGGUUGGUUCUUUAGCUGAGUUACAUCUGAUUGUGGAGUCCCUAGAGAGAUGCCCUAUUCACCCGGACACUAAUUUGCCAAAGUUUCAGUUUGCAUGCUUUUAUAAAGAAGAUAAACCCUUAUUGACUAGAAACCUUGAGAAGCUUAUUUCUGUAGGUCUAUGUGCUUGCAUGAACAAUGAGACCUUUUCAAGAAGCAUUUGUGGGUUACAACAUUUAAAGAAGCUUAAACUCGAAGGCAGUAUUCUAGAGGCCCCUAAGGACCUUGACCAGCUAGAAUAUCUAGAGGAGUUAGAUUUGUCAUAUACAGAGAUUAAAAAUCUUCCCGAUACCAUUUGUAUGUUCAAACUUCUUAAAUCUCUCAAAGUUAAAUCCUGUUGGAAUCUUGAGAAGUUACCAAAGGAUCUUGGCCGAUUAGAGUGUUUAAAGAAGCUAACUUUGUCAUCUGCAAAGAUUAAAGAACUCCCUGAUAGCAUUUGUAUGCUGAAACAUCUUGAACUUCUCAAUCUUAGUUUUUGUUUGCUGCUUGAAACAUUACCUGAGGAAAUUGGCCGUUUAGAAAAUUUAAAGAAGCUAACUUUGUCAUCUGCAAAGAUUAAAGAUCUUCCUGAUAGCAUUUGUAUGUUGAAAAAUCUUGAAUCUCUCCAACUUCACGAUUGUUUGUUACUUGAGAAGUUACCUGAGGAUCUUGGCCGAUUAAAAUGUUUAAAGCAUCUGAACCUCAGUUUUUGCAAGCAUUUACGAGAUAUCCCGGAGAGCAUCUGUAUGAUGAAAUGCCUAAAAUAUCUCAGUCUCUACUAUUGUAUUAAACUUGAGAAAUUGCCCGAGGAACUUGGAUGUUUAGAAUGUUUAGAAAUUUUAGAUAUAACAUGUACAUGCAUAAGUUAUCUCCCGCAGAGCAUCUUCUUAUUGAAACGACUUCGUAUUUUUGGGCGGAGAAUGCUUCAGUCAUGUGAUUUUAGAUCUGAGAUACAACACUCAAUAUACCCAGGGAUGAUUUGGGAAGCUCCGAAGACCCGGAAAGAAGAAAAUUCACAUAUAUAAUUUUAACAGAAGGCACCACACUCGAUCGGGGAAAAAGUUGUGGAGGUGCACGCUGAGCAAACCAAAGGUGAGGUUGUUCUAUUCCUUAGAGAGCUGGAGUUUCUCCAUCUUUUAGAAGUUCCCAACAUGCUGCACAACAUAAAGAGGACAAGACAGGUGAAAUAACCAUGUACUACGUUUGACAUGCAUUGGAUUUGGAACAGGAGUGAGACCGAUGUAAAUGAGACAAAUGAUGUAAUUUUUUGUCCCAACAAAGUUGAUGGAACAAGACCGGGCAUUGACUCACUCUCAUCCUCUUGUCAGUGCAAAGCACGUGAAUGCGCUCUUUGUCCUUAACACUAGAAAUAGCCGGAGAAAGCAUAUCUUGUCAUGUCUCGUGUAAUGAAUGCAGCCUAAUAGUAGAAUGAUCAAAGCUUAUUCUAUUUGAUAAAAACCAAACAAAGAUCUUUCCCAAACUAUACACAACAUUAGGUAUAUUACCAAGGCCCUGUGACACUCGGUUAAUGAGAAGACUCUGUGACACUCAGUUUAAUGAGAAGGCUCUAUCCACGCGUCAGUUAGAACAUAGGCACUUAUAAACCUGGGAGAAACCAAAAUUUUUGGCUUUUGGUUUUUUGGAAGAAACCAAUAAUGUUUUUUUCCCAUA